AUGCCAGUAUUAACUGUGCCAUAUCCUCAUCUGGGUUUCUUUCCUUUCGAUCAAAAUGCAGUCACGCCUUCAAAUUAUACCCAACGGUUGUAUUUUCCCUCUAGGUUUCAGACAAUUGUUCUUGAUGUUACCGGAAAACGGAGAAGAAUCGGAAAGAUUGUUGUGUUGAGAGCACAGUCAGGUAUGGUGAUUGAGAAACAACAGGAAUUCAAGCCUUCAUUUGACGAGUAUUUGAAAGCCAUGGAGACUGUUAAAACUCGUCGGGAAAAGCGCAGCGCCUCCACCGGAACUCCGCCAUCACCCCCACCUAAAAUUGAUGAAGGGACUGUUGAUUUGAGUGAUACCGAAGAGCAAAUUAGUGUUCAAAAAGUGGUGAAUUUGAAGCAAGAUGAAGUUAAGAAGACAUGGAUUCGAACGAAAUUGGAUUCUAGAGAAGCUCGAUCGGGUGCAAGUGCAAGGGUGAAAGAUACUAAUAUAGUUGGAAAAAAUGCCCAAAAAUACGUUAAAUUUCAAGGGUAUGUGAAGGAUGCUGCCGUAGAUCAAGGAAGAGUUCUCCAGGUGAAGAAACUAAGUGGGAGUGGUGCAAUUGACCAGCCAAGCGUGUUGCUGAAUUCAAAUCAAGGUGAAAUUAUGAAGAUUUGGACUAGAAAGAAUUCAGAUUCUAAAAGGGUCAAAGCUAUGGAUACCAAUGGCUUUAAGAAUUUGGAUUCUAAAAGGGUCAAAGCUACGGAUACCAAUGGCUUUCAAGAAACUGAAACAAGGCAGGCUAAAUUUCAAGAAAAGAGCUUUAAUAUGAAGUGGGGUUCAGAAGUAAGGUCUGUAAGAAAUGGAAGUUAUAAGAUGGAUGCUGUUGUAGAUAAAGAAAGAGUUGUCCAUGUGAAGAAACUGAGUGGGAAAAGUGAUCAAGUGGUUAAGUAUGAUAAUUAUGAUAGUAUGGAGGUAGAAAGAGCUGCUUUUAAAUCACUUGAGGAGUUUCAGGAUGUUUGUGACCAGCCACGGGUCUCGCGAGUCGAUAUGGAGGAGAGAAUCCAGAGGUUAGCAAAGUGUUUAAAUGGUGCAUCGAUCGACACUCCUGAGUGGAAUUUCUCUAAGAUGAUGAGAAGUGCGAAAAUCAGAUUUGCAGAUUUUUCAAUGAUAAGGCUUAUCCAGAUCUUAGGAAAUUAUGGCAACUGGAGGCAAGUGCUUCAAGUCAUCGAGUGGAUGCAAUCGCGAGAACGCUUCAAGUCUAACAGGAUAAGAAACAUUUACACUGCGGCACUUGAUGCACUUGGGAAGGCAAGAAGACCGGUGGAAGCACUAAACGUGUUCCACACAAUGCAGCAACAUAUGCCUUCUUAUCCAGAUCUUGUAGCUUAUCGUUGCAUAGCUGUCACCCUUGGACAAGCAGGUCAUAUGCGGGAACUUUUUCAUGUGAUUGAUAGCAUGAGAUCUCCUCCCAAAAAGAAGUUCCCCACGGGUGUUCUUAAAAAAUGGGACCCACGACUAGAACCAGAUAUGAUAGUCUAUAAUGCUGUGUUAAAUGCGUGUGUACGCCAAAAAAGUUUAGAAGGCGCGUUCUGGGUAUUCCAGCAGUUAAAGCAACAGGGCCAAAAACCUAAUAGCAUAACAUACGGACUUGUAAUGGAGGUAAUGCUUGAAUGUGAAAAGUAUAAUCUGGUACACGAGUUUUUCAAAAAAAUGCAGAAAUCUUUUAUUCCAAAUUCUUUAACUUACAAAGUUCUUGUAAAUACGUUUUGGAGGGAAGGAAAAGUUGACGAGGCCAUUCUGGCUGUUGAAGAUAUGGAAAGACGGGGAGUAGUUGGUUCUGCAGGACUUUAUUAUGAUCUUGCUAGAUGCCUUUGUAGUGCGGGAAGAUGCGAGGAGGCUCUUGUGCAAAUUGAAAAGGUAUGCAAGGUAGCAAAUAAACCUCUGGUGGUGACUUAUACCGGGUUAAUUCAAGCUAGUUUGGACUCUGGCAAAAUCAAAAGCGGAAUCUACAUAUUCAAUCACAUGCACAAGUUUUGCUUCCCAAACUUAGUUACAUAUAAUGUUAUGCUCAAAGGGUAUCUUGAUCACCAUCUGUUUGAAGAAGCAAGAGAGUUGUUCCAUAAAUUAUUGGAGAAGAGGGGACAUGUUACAAGUUCAGCCGAUUACAGGCACACGGUGUUACCAGAUAUUUAUACUUUCAACUUGAUGUUAGACGCCUGUUUGGUGAAUCAACGAUGGGAUGAUCUCGAGUUUUUCUACACACGGAUGCUGCAACAUGGAUACUACUUCAAUACAAAACGACAUUGUCGAAUGAUACUGGAAGCCUCCAAGGCUGGAAAGGUGAAUCUAUUGGAAACAACCUGGAAGCAGUUGAUUGAAGGUAAUCAAGUUCCACCACCACUUUUAGUUCAAGAAAUGUUUUGCAUGAACCUGAAGCAAGAAGACUAUGCUUCUGCUUUCUCCUGUUUAAUCUGUCUUCCGUCAACGGAAUCACAUAAAUAUUCCCGGAACUCGUGGUUGCAUCGUUUCAACGACGAUCCCCACCUUUUCCGGGAGGAAACGCUUCUCCAACUGAUCGAUAAGAUCACCAUUUUGUCGAUUAGAAACGAAGAACCGAAUACAAUAUUUUUGAAUUUGUUGAAAUCUUGUAAAGAAUUCCUAGCUAUCCAAUAUUAGAAAUACCUUGGUAAUUUGUAUGCUAA